AUUUAUUGUUGACGUUGCUGAAUAGGAAAGAAAAGAUGAGCGCAGCAACUGAGGAACAGGAUCGCAUACAAAAGCGCGUAAAUAAGAUACUGGAGACGCGUCUGGAGACAGACAAGGAUACGCUAGAUGCCCUAAAUGGAUUGUCCAGCUUUUUCACCGAAAACACUCUGCAAAAUCGUCGCAAUUUGCGUAGCCAAAUCGAGCAUCGUUCCGUCGGCAUCAAUCAGAAUUUUCUGAAAGCGUUUCGAGAGGUCAAAGUUACGUUAGAUGCCGUCUGCACGGAUCUGGACACGAUGGCCACAUCGGUGCAAACCAUGAAAACUGACCUGGAGACAUCCAAGGCGCUGACCAAAGACCUCAUCGAGCAGACCAACAAAAUGCAAGAGGAACGCGAACGCCUCGAGGUGCAUCAGCAAAUCGCGCAGGCGUUCCUGGCGCGCUUUCAGCUCAGCGUGCCGGAGCAUCAGUUGCUGUACGGCACGGCCAAGGAUGCGCCCAUUGUGCCUGAGUUCUUCAAGGUGCUGGAUCGGGUGCAGUCCAUCCACUCCGAUUGCCGGCUGCUCAUGCAGUGCGGCUAUCAAACGGCUGCCCUGGACAUCAUGGAGGAGAUGACGCUGCAUCAGGAGGGCGCCCUGGAGCGCCUAUAUCGCUGGACCCAGAAUCACUGCAGAAAUUUGGAAAACAACGAAAUCGGACCGCUGAUCGUGGAGGCCAUGAGCCGACUGCAGGACAGGCCCGUUCUCUUUAAAUAUGUCAUCGAUGAGUAUGCGAUCGCACGACGAGCUGUGCUCGUCCGCCAGUUCAUUGAGGCGCUCACCGAGGGCGGCCACGGCGGCAAUCCGAAGCCCAUUGAGCUGCAUGCCCACGACCCGAAGCGCUACAUCGGCGACAUGUUCGCCUGGCUGCAUCAGAGCAUACCCAACGAGAAGGAGAACCUGAUGCUGCUCUUCAAGAAGUGCGACAAGCAUGAUAUCUCAGAGCAGAUGCAGAAGGCUUUGAGCUACAUCGCCGAUGGCGUCUGUCAUCCGCUCAAGGUGCGCGUGGACACGAUUCUGAGCUCCGAGCAGGACACCAUCAUACUCUUUACCAUCUCCAAUCUGUUGCGCUUCUAUCAGCAGAUCAUGAAGCAGGUGGUGCAAGGCGGCAGCCUGGAACAGUGCCUCAUCGAGCUGCAGCAGAGCAGCGAGCAGAUCUAUUUGAAUGCUCUGGCGGCACAGGUGCGCAGCGUAUUGCAGCGGCCAGCGGGUACGAGUUUGGCGCUAGAGCCACCACAGCGGGAUCUGGUGCCGCCGGCAAGCGUUUCCCGGCUGCUCAACAUACUGAAAGAGAUCCUCUCGGUGGCCACCAUGGUGGAUGGCCGCCAGGCGGACAUCACCAAGAUCGUCACCUGUGUCAUCGAUCCGCUGCUGCAGUCGGUGCAGGAGAGCGCCGCCCACCUGCCCACCGUGGACAUGGCCGUCUACCUGCUCAACUGUCUGUACCACAUGCAGAGCACCUUGGCGGUCUUUGAGUACAUGGAUGAGCGCGUGGAGCGUUUGCAGGCGCAGUCGGACGCUCAGCUGGACACUCUGACCUCCGAGCAGGCCUCCUCGCUGGUGGCCAAUCUCAAUCUGGGUCCCAUCUACACCAUCCUGCAGAGCAACCAGACGAAAAUCGAGACGAAUCUGCUAAAGAUUUUCAUGUCCAAGAUGGAUGCAUUCCUCGAGCUGCCCGACGUGCUGCUGCUGCCCCAGGUGCAGCUCAUCAUGUCCAGCGCCCAUCGCAGCACCGUCCAGCGGCGCGCCUUCAAUGUCAUCGUGGCCAUCUACAAGCAGAUCUAUGAGCGAGUCCACGAUCCGGCGAAUGGCUUCGAGCAGCCGGAGGCGCUGCUGCACCGGACGCCCGAUCAGGUGGCUCGCAUAUUGACCAACUGAUGAAUGGCAGCCGAAUGGCCUCAGCCUUCUGUUAUUCGUAUUUUUGUGUGUGUAUUCCAAUAUAUUGUAUGACUACUGUA